AUGAAGUUCUCAAUUGCUACUGUUGCCGCUCUGGCCAGCGCUGUCAGCGCCUCCCUCCCUGCUGCCUUCACCCUCGUCGCUGAUGGCGGAAAAACCGUUCUCACUGAUGGCCAGAACCUCUGGAUCGGUGCCAACACCACUACCCACGAGAUCGCUAUCCUCCGCAGCAGCAACACCGGCGACGUUUCUUUCACCUCCAAGAACGAGACUCCCACUGGCUUCCAGAGCCUCUACAUGAUCCCCAACGAGGUCGAGCCCCUGGCCUUUACCCGCCCCCACUCCGGUGCUAUGCCCCAGGGUGCCAACAUGACUGGCUUCGGAGUCAACAACAAGGGCUAUUUCACUCACGGCGGCAAGGCUUACUUCGCCGUCGACGGAUACGGCUCAAACCCCGCUAAGGAGAUCUACUGGUACGGCUCUCACAACGCCGAGUACAUGGCCGCCAACCUGUACGUCAAGGAGUGCAAGGGUUGCUAA